AUGGAGUCUAGCACAAAGUAUGAAGCUGUUCAGAACGCCGAAGAAUGUACCGGCCAGAUUGUGAUGGAGACCGAUCAGGAAGAGAGCAUCUUGCUUGCAUGGUGGAAAGAAAUCCUUGCAAUCGUCGUAGCCAUCGGUACCAUGAUUGGGCUUAUCAAACUCUUACUCUUCUACAACAACAAAGAGCUGCCUAAGUGGAAAGGAAACCUCACGCUCAACUUUGUUGCAAGCCUCCUUGUUGUUCUCCAACGUGGUAUGCUGAUGAUCGUCAUCGUUGAAGUUAUCAGCAACUCCAAAUGGUCGUGGUAUAGACGCCGACGUCCAUUGAAAGAUCUGAUAACCAUUGAUGAUGCCGGUAAAGGUCCUGUGAGUGCUAUACAGCUAAUGUUUCGCCUACCAUCGAACUUGCUCGCUAUUCUUGCUGCUGCAGUCGCCAUACUUUCUUUUGGCAUGGGGCCGCUCACCCAACAAGCCGUUCAGGCUGUUCCGUGCAGCCUGGUCAGCAAAGGGGCACGCGCUUCCAUUCCUGUUGCUCAAAAUGUUGACCACAUGAGCUUCCGUUACGGCGCACAUUCGUAUACUCUCAAACCAGCCAGCGUCGCGAAGAUGUUCUCAGGGCUAACAAGCCCCGAUGGAACGGAUUGGAAAGCUGGACGCGGAUUGUCCCACCGGACAGUGCACAUUUAA